UCUAAGUUUUACCUUUGCAGGAGAGGGGAAGAACACUCAUUUGUUCUAAAACCAAAACCUGUGUGGAAGAAUCAAAAAGUUCAUGGUGAAAAAAUUUCACAGUCGUCUCAUAGACAGGCUGGAAGUGCAGCCCCCAAUACACAUCUGCCCUCUAAGGUUGUUGAAGGAAGAAGGAUUAGUUCAAGUGCUGAUCAGUAUGCAGUUUUGGUAUCUUGUCGGUGCAACUACUCUGCAUCAAGGCUAUUUUUCAGGCAGCACACCAGUUGGCGACCCCGUCUGACAAGGGAUCUCAUAAUCUCCGUUGCUUCUGAAAUGUCAGAAAAAAGAUGUGGACCUAAUGGAGGGGUUGAUCAGCUUCCGGUUCAGGUGUUGACUCUUCAGGCUUCAAAUUUAACAUUGGAAGAUCUAACAUUGACAGUUCUUGCCCCAGCAUCAUUUACUUCUCCCCCUACUGUUGUCUCCUUGAAUUCUUCGCCCUCGUUUCCAAUGAGUCCAUUUGUUGGUCUUUCGGAGGUUGGAGGAAGAGGUAGUAGUGGUGUGCAGAGGCUGAACUCAACUCCUGUUGUAUCAGAGAAUAAAAAAGAGAGUGCUGGUACUGGUACAAGAUCUGUUUCUUUUGAUGAGAAGAGCAUAGGUGAUUUCAUUCCAAGUACAGUGUUGGGUUGUACGCAUUUAUGGUUGCAGAGCAGGGUUCCUUUAGGAUGUGUUCCUUCUCAAUCCACUACUACCGUCAAACUUGAGUUGCUCCCAUUGACGGAUGGGAUAAUUACACUUGAUACUUUACAGAUUGACGUUAAAGAGAAAGGUAUCAUCUACAUUUUCCCUAAAUUUUGACUGUAUACUAUCUAU